GGCGGAUCCUGGAUCCCCAAAUCAUGAAAAGGACGUUAGAUUCCACGUCUGAGCCAUGUCUUCGAGCAUCUGGGAAUGGAGACAGCAUUCCGGGCCUUGUCAAGGAGGGAGAAAGCAGCCCGUCACGCUGCGCCACACCGCGAGCGCGAGAUGCGAUGAAUUGUGAAGUUGCAGCGAUGAUGGACAGUGGUAUCGCUAUCGCAGGACGAAAGAAGCUCCGUUCAGCACCAGAAGAAGGUGUCUCACAGCCAAGUGAGGAAACGAUUCCCAUCGCAAGCUCAAAGGAUGGCACGAAGGAAGUUGGGAGCGAAGCAUGUGCCUCUCAGGUGGCCAAUCUGUCAAUAAUACAUGGACCUAGUGACGCCUCUCUUAGCAACUUUCCAGCCGAAGGACAAUUCCCCUACCAGCCCCUUGACACAAGCAAACUCGAGAUCAGAGUAAUCACCUUGCAUCCAGGAAUUCGGACGACACCAAUCCACUGUUCUUUGACGCACAUUACAACGAAUAGCAAAUCCAACAAACCGAUCUACAAAGCGUUGUCCUACACGUGGGGUACUGCUGAAGCGCCAAAGACUAUCUCUUUAGAUGGAAUGCAAGUUCAGGUCAGGGAAAAUCUCUGGCAGGCUUUAUAUCAUCUGAGGUCCGAGGAGCAUGAGUUGACGAUUUGGAUCGAUGCGCUUUGUAUAAAUCAGAAUGAUUUACAAGAGAGGGGCUCUCAGGUUUCGAGGAUGAGUGCUAUAUAUGGGAUAGCGAAGGAGGUUAUUGUAUGGUUGGGGCCGGCGGACGAGGAUAGUAAGCUAGCCAUCGAUUUCAUCGAACAGAACUUCCAUCCAUCCUCCGGUCCAAGGGUGAAGGAUAUGCCGAUGGAUGAACUUUUGGUCGGAGCUUCUGAAUUGGAGCUAUUGGCUAUCCCUAAAAUUAUGGCACGGGAGUAUUGGCAUCGUGUCUGGAUUAUUCAGGAGAUAUUCCGAGCACGGUUGGUUACAGUACACUGUGGUCACGAUACGGUGAGGUGGUCAAGUCUAUCGAAAUUCUUUCGAUAUCUCAGCCGGCAGCCCGCGCAGACAGAGUUCAUUAAGCGCCGAGGCGACAGGCAAAAGUACGAGUCGCUUCUGGAAGCGUGCACAAGUCCAGCCAAAAGUCUCACUGAGCACAGAACAUCUCAGAAGCAUUGCCUCGAGGAUUUGUUGAAGGCUUACAAAAGCUGCCGUAGCAGUGACCCUAGAGAUAAGGUCUAUGCCUUGGUUGGCCUUGCGCAAAGGAAGUUGAGAACGGACUCCGAGCCAAUUAAGAAGGGGGAUGAUUGGAUCGUGGUUGAUUACUCGAAACCAGCCCUGCACAUAUUCCGGAGCUUGGUACUUUUGUACGAGAAUGCCUAUUUGACCAGCAUGUCUAGAUGGGGGAGUAGGCGGGAGCAUGUGCAAUGGAUGCAGUUACUGCAGGAGGUGCUAGAUCUACGAGACUAUUUUGACUCGGAUCAUGCACAUGCUAAGAAGAUAACGGAACCAACGGGAAUACCAUACUUAUUGGGCAUGGAGCUAGAGCCACUGGAACCACGAAUCAAAGGGAAUAUCACUUGCGGAGGUUACCGGAUAUCAGCAGCUCAAAUUGUUGGAGACUUUGCGUCCAGCCCCGCAUGGUCUCCCCUGACGCAAGAUUACGGACACAUUCUUGACUGGCAUAAGUCUAUUCCAAGGAUUGACCACUCUAGAACAGCUAUAGAUAGCCUGGAGCUGACAUUAUCCUACUUUGCCACCAAUGACCUGGAACGCACAAAGAAAUUUGAACUCUCGAUGACCAGCACGGAUUUGAACUACAGUUUGCAAGUCUCUGUAGUUCUUGGAAAGAGAUAUUGUCUAUUAAUUCCAUAUCCGAUUGAGCAGGAAUACGAAAUUAUUUGCUUUGACGGUUCAGAUAUUGCUUUAGCAGUCAUAGGAUCGGCAGUUGUGGGGAGAGGGGUUAUAUAUGACCUGGAGAGGAAAUCAGCGGAGGUUGAUCGGGCGCAUUUCCGUGCUGCCUAUCCAGACCUAAUAGAGAUCUACUUUUUGGUACGGUCAAGGAAUACAAUCACUUUAUCGAUCGAUAAUUGGGUAAGGGUAGUUUCACUUGCGAAACGGCCAGUCUCUAAAUAAUACAGAGUAUAUCAAUAUCCAUCGAUUGCUAUGUCCA